CUUGUUACAUGAAUGGUCACUGGCUCCAGCUGAGGGAGGGCAGCUGCAUGGGGAAAGGCUGGUGACAGGCCCUGCUCUGUGAGCUCAUCCUCCAGCACCUGGACUGCGAUGUCCUUCCAUGGAGAUGGCAGAGGGAACACCCAUGGGGCCAGCACUUUAAACCUCUGCUGAGUCACAUGAGCUGAUCUCUCAUUAGACAUAUGAAGUCACAUGACUGAACCAAAAGUCAGAGUGUGAGUAAAAUGUACGUUGUAGAGUGUGAGCUGAAUAUGAAGAAACUUGAAGACUUCUGGAUAUUUUUAUAACCAUUUGCCACAGAUGAGGCAAAACCAUGAGUUCAGGUGUGGGCUCUGUCCCCCAAGUGCACAUCUCGGGGCCAGAGGAGGAUGGGGUGCAGGUGGUGUACACGGCCUCGGGCUGGUUCCCGGAGCCCCAGGUGCAGUGGAGAGACCCCCGUGGGGAGCAGUUCCUGAAGUUCUCCAAGGUCCAGGCCCAAGACACUGAGGGGCUGUUCAGCGUAGAGGCCACUCUGGUGGUGAGAGACAGCUCUGUGGGGAGCGUGACCUGCUCCAUCCUCAACCCCACCCUGAGCCAGGAGAAGGCCAUGGCCAUUGUCAUCCCAGAGCCCUUCUUCCCCCGGGCCUCUCCCUGGAAGCCAGCUUUCCUGGUGAUCCUGCCCUUGCUGCUGCUCCUGCUCCUGGGGGCUGCCUACUACACCCAGAGAGAACAUUCCACACAGAUGCGGGAGCUGCAGGAACAGGGGGAUCUGGGCCAGGCUAAGGAGGAGGACAGACAGACCAAGGAGGAGGCCCUGAAGGGCACAGGUGAACUCCAGGCAAUUCUAGACCAGAGGAAGGCAGCUUACCUGGCUGCCUGGAGGAAGGCCCAGCUGUACGCAGAUUGGCAGAAGAGGCAGUUCCGGGCCUGGCCUGUCACUCUGGAUCCAGGUUCUUGCAGUGAUGAAAUUGUCCUCUCUCAUGACAAGAAGAGUCUGACCUUUUCCAUCUGACGAUGGAAAAGAAGAGGGAUACAGUGUUUGGGGUCUUGAGGGCAUCACAUCAGGGCGCUGUUACUGGGAAGUAGAGGUCAGAAAUGCACAAAAAACCUGGUGGGUGUUGGGGGUCUGGAGGAAAGAUGAGGAAAAUAGAUACGGUGAUGUGUCCCCACUGACAGGGAAUUGGGUUUUUGGCCAGCACAGUAAUGAAUUCCAAGCCUUUACUGACCGUCUUACUUCGCUACCCCUUAGGCAGGUUCCCCACAGGGUGGGGGUUUUCCUGAACUAUGCUUACGGGGACGUCUCCUUCUAUGACAUGACCGAUGGCUCCCACAUCUUCUCCUUCCCUCCUGAGUCCUUCUCUGGGACCCUCCUUCCAUGCUUCAUCUGUUAUUCAGGAGAUGUGUUCAUGACCCUCUGCCCCCUGGAGGCUGGGCCCCAGAAGCCCUCUGUGCCCAUGAACAAUCCCCCUUCU